GUACGUAAGAUUCUAGGAUCCUUGUACAACAAGGCCCGAAAUUGUUACAUCAGGAAGCUAAUUAAGACCCGAAUUUCCAUAAACCCUAGUCCUAUAAGAACCCAUUCCUUUUACUUAUAAAUAAAUACCGCACCCUCAUACGUAUAACGUACUUGUCCAACGCUUUUCCAGCUCUCUCCCCUUCUGUUCUUUCCUUUGAAUUCAUAACAAUGCUGACUUCUAAUAACCAAAAAAAGCGAAAGGUUUCUGAGAUUUAUCCAAUAGCGGCGGCAAGGGAAUGUGAUGUUUUCAACAGUCCCAUUGCUGACUUGAUCCUUAUGAAUACGAAGGGUGAUGAUACUUUUCCGGCGAGUAAUCGGAUAAUGAAAAGGAAGACGAAGAUCGUUUGCACGCUCGGGCCGGCGUCUCAGUCCGUCGAGAUGAUACAACGACUUCUCGUCGCCGGCAUGAACGUAGCCCGCUUCAACUUCUCUCACGGAUCUCAUGAAUACCACCAACAAACUCUCGACAACCUUCGAAUCGCCGUGCAUAAUACCUCCAUCCCUUGCGCCGUCAUGCUGGACACUAAGGGUCCAGAGAUUAGAACCUAUCCAUUUACAACAAGGCCAAGAGAUUACAAUAACCAGUGACUAUUCCGUCGUCGGGGACGAAACCUUAAUCGCCGUCUCCUAUCAAAAGCUUGCAAUCGAUGUCUCUCCGGGAAGUACAAUCCUUUGCUCAGACGGAACAGUCACAUUGACGGUGUUAGAAUGCAACAAGGAAUCAGGCCAGGUUCGGUGUCGGUGCGAGAACACUUGCGUGUUGGGAGAACGGAAGAACGUGAAUCUCCCGGGCGUGGUUGUGGAUCUUCCGACAUUGACGGAAAAGGACAAGGAGGACAUCCUCAAAUGGGGAGUUCCUAACAAGAUUGACAUUAUUGCUCUGUCUUUUGUCCGUAAAGGGUCUGAUGUUGUCGUGGUGAAGGAGUUGCUUGGGGAGCACGCUAAGAAUAUAGUGAUCAUGUCGAAAGUUGAGAAUCAGGAAGGCAUUGAUAAUUUGGAUGGGAUCAUGGAGAAUUCAGAUGCUUUCAUGGUGGCCAGGGGUGAUUUAGGUAUGGAAAUUCCAAUCGAGAAGAUAUUUCUUGCGCAGAAAGUAAUGAUCCGAAAGUGUAACGUGCUCGGCAAGGCAGUUGUCACGGCGACGCAGAUGUUGGAAUCAAUGACCAAAUGCCCACGCCCCACGCGUGCUGAGGCUACGGACGUUGCAAAUGCCGUCUUAGACGGAACCGAUUGCGUCAUGCUUAGCGGCGAGACGGCGGCCGGCGCGUACCCGGAAGAGGCCGUGAGAACCAUGGCUAAUAUCUGCUCUGAAGCCGAAAAGUGCAUCAAUUACCAUGUGGUUUUCCACAAGGCCGUGGAAAAUUCUCCGGCGCCGAUGAGUUCAGAGGAAAGCUUGGCCUGCUCCGCUGUCCAGGCAGCGAGUUCUACCAAAGCUGCCCUAAUUGUCGUAUUCUCCGAUGGUGGUGGUGCAUCCAAAUUGGUGGCGAAGUAUAGACCUGGCAUGCCCAUUCUGUCAGUGGUGAGCUCCGACGAUGCUCAAGUGGGACAUGGAUUGAUACACCGAGGGAUAUUCCCGAUUUCUAGCACUGAAUUGAAGAAAUCUAGCAUGGUUGUGGUUGGCGGUGAUGUGGCGGAGGCAGCCUUUGGAUACGCAAAGGAGAAUCGGCUCUGUUGUGCCGGUGACAUUGUUGUGGUGCUCCGACUCGGCGGAGAAGGCACGAUAGAGAUAUUGACCGUCAACUAGCUAGGAGAAGAGACAAUUGUUGAGUUUUUUAUGUCUCGAAAAGUUUUGAUCUCAUUACUUUUUGUUUUUGCUUUGUCAAUAUGUUUUUCUCAUUAGUUUAACGGAGAAAAAAGACUAGAAAUAUUGGCAUGCUAUUCCAAAUUUAAACUUCAGCUGUUAAUUAAAUUGUUUUUCGCCAAACUUUUGUGGUAUCUUUUGCCAGUGAACAUAAGUUAUUCUACUUGUG